UCAUAAUUCAACAACUCGCUUAAGGACUACCCUUAAUGAUUGAAGAGAUUUUAAAUAUGGCGCCCAGGCUAGUUGCGUUCGCUUGCGAAUGGAAACUAGAAGCUUGCGCAUGGUUUUUGUGUUAAAAAAGUCCCACGAGUCUCUUGAAAUAAAUAUCACCAGGAAAUUUAACAUCCAACUGCAGUUGUUUUGUUGCAGUUUUCCUAGUGGCUACAAAUAAACACCAACCGAAGUGAUUUUUUUUAAAAAGCUUAAUAAAGCAAAAAAAUGGACGAAAAGGGUGAAUUUAUCCUUAGCCCCGACUGCCUCUUGGAGAUAAUGAAUUACGUGAUUACUGAUUGCAAGUCGAAAGACAAAAAUGUCAAGAAUGACUCUUCAAGUUUUGGUGAUUUAAUCCACUUUGUGUUGGCCCAUGAAUUCUUCCUUGAGUUGCUUGAAGUUCAUUACAAACGACUGUACGACGAUUUGGAGAUGGCUAUCGCGUGCAAGAUCAUAAAGCUACUAAUAGAACUGCGUCUCAAUAAGAUAUCAAGCGGAAUGGAAUGUUGCUGGAGCUCCUACCUAGAAUCUGUCAGAGAAAAAAGUCCUUUCAAUCUUGAAUUGUCUUUGGGAUAUCAUAAAGAAAAGAGGAAUCAUACUAACGUAUGCGUUAGUAUAAAAGGAAUCUCAACGGACCUUGCAAACACCGAGGCGUUAAAGUUGUUUGAUAACAUUUCUACAGAAGAUCUAUCUGACAUCUGCAGCAAAAACCCAAAUUUAAGAAUAUUGGCAUUUGAAGGCAGUAAAAUCCAUGGAAGUUUUUCCGAUAUAACACCGCAUUGCGAAAAUCUUGAGGAAGUGAGAAUUAGGCUAAACCCGAGAAGCGGUGUUGCCCAAUAUAGAUCGCUUGCCAAGUUACCCAACUUAAAAACUUUUAUUAUUACUGGGGUCCAAGAGAGCGGCUCACAAUUGCUAUUCUUUAAUGAUUUAAGAACGUGGAGCAGACCUAAGAGUCUUCAACCCUUGACACUGACCAUCGAAGAUAGUCUGAGCGAUGAAAGUCAGCCUAUAACGUUUGCGACUUUUGACUCGUUACGGUAUUUGCACAUAAACGAACCUUAUAGAUACAAUGAUUGGUAUAACUCAAAAUUGAAUGUUUUAAUAAAAAGCGAGUACGAUUUAAGUGAAACAUCGGAAGACAGUACAUCAAUAAAGGAAUAUCUAGCAACCAUAACUUUGGGGAAAUAUGUUAAAGUGAAGUUUAACAGAUGUAAAGAAGAACUCGUGUUAAAGAUACAUCAAGAGUCGGAUAUUAGCAAAAUGGGUUCUUUAUCAAAGCUUCCCAAUCUUAGUCGCUUGGUCGUACAUAAUAAAUGUAGUUACUUAGACUAUCCUAAUACACUUGCAGAAUUCCUAAGAUCAAUGAAGCCUAAUGGCUCCUUUGGUUUAAAAUCCUGCAAAAUAAAUUAUGGAAUAAUAGAUAAGUUGGAGUCCAUAGAACUUUCGAAAAUAGAAUCAAUUCGAUUUCUAGCGUGUCAUCAAUACAGUUGGUGUUCCACCAAGUUUUUGAGUCAAUUAUCUAACCUUCAACACCUGAAAAUCAAUGUCCGACGCGAAUGGAUUAAUGGCAAUUCCUUGGAGGUGAUCGUCAAUUUGCUUACUGCAUGCCAGGUGACAGCUUCUAUAAUGACCGAAGAACUUAGUAUUACCUUAAAAAAGAAUGAAAAAGAAAUGGAGAUACUUUUUUCUUACAAUUCCUUUAAGGCCGAUAUUCUGGCACCCCUUUCCCAAAUUUCGGGCUUUGACUCCCUCAAGAUCGCAGGGGGUGCACUUACUGGAUAUCUAAAUCCAGUCUUUAAAGCAUUCGCCACCAGCAACUUAACUACGAUCAAUGAAAUAGAUCUUAGCGAAUUGGAUAAACCACGUUUUGAAGAUAUCAUCGAGGUUGCAGAAAUUAAAACCAUUAAGAAACUCACGUGCUCGAUCUCAGAUUUUACUGGAAUUGAGAAAUUGGCAAACUUAAAUAAACUCGAGGAUUUGAGCGUUUUCGGAAAAGGAAAUCUUUCCCCACUUUUCAUAAAACUGGCUGAGAGGGAUUCAAUUCAUCGUUUUCAAUGUUCCAAGGAACUUGACCCCGAAGAGGUUAUAAACGUUUCAAAAAUCGGAUCACUGAAACAUCUAAACUGCAAAUUUUUAGACGUGGAAAAUCUAAAAUCGUUGUCCGCGCUAGCUAACUCGAGUAUUGAAGAAUUAAUUGUUACAUCAUAUCAUAGCUUUUCCCUAAAGAAUUUAUUUGCAGCGUUUUCUAAAUGUAAUGCAUCUAGGCUGCAGCAACUGGAAGUUAUAGGCAAAGCUCUUGACUUUACUGAAAUAGCUGAAGUUUCUAAAAUAAAAGGUCUAAAAAAAUUACUUGGAUUCUUUGAUUCAAAUGGUGCGCAACUGUUAGAUCGUUUAAUAAAUCUGGAGCAUUUGGAAAUCAAUGUAUUGAAUGUUGUGGCACUUAAAUCACUACCUAGGCUUCAGAAAUUGGAGAUAAAAAACGAGAUUGGCUUGCUCGAAUGUAAACAUUUAGUUGAGCUUGAAAAACUGGAAUCUUUAAAGUGCUCAUUAUGCAAAGAUCCAGGAAUUGAAGUUCUGGCAAAAAUGAAAAAUCUAAAAGAAUUAAUCAUUUAUAGAGCAGAGGAUUCGCUUUGUAGACUUUACCGAGCUUUUGGUCUUGGAAGUGAGUCAAAGCUAAGAGAACUGCAUAUACCUAUUAGAUAUUCUGAAGAAAUCCGUGAAAUAUCGAAAAUUAAAUCAUUAACAGUACUAGAUAUUAACUACGAGGGUAUAUGUGAUAACUUAUCAGACCUAGGUCAACUUAACGAACUUAAAUCAUUGCGUAUAGCUGCAAAAUGCAGUGUAGAUAGCGACAGCUUAUUGCCGAUUAUUCAAUUUUGUCAAAAACUCGAUUGCGUCACAUUAGAAUUUAUAAGAGGACUAAAAGUGGCGGUAAAAUUUGUGAGCAAAGCUAACACCAUUUUGAAAUCUAUAAGGGAUCCUCUACUUCAGAAACCCUUGCAACUUACUCUAUGUGAAACAUCAGUUUUUCCGAAAUUUCAUGUAGAAGACAUUGAUGACUCAUACUUGAACGUUUUCUAUUCAUACGACACCGAAUACCCAGAUGAAAUUUUAGAUUUUAUGUCUGAUGGUGCAGAAUCUGACGACUCUGAUUCCUAUGAUGUUGAUUGGUAUUAUUAGAUUGUUUAAUAAAGUUUGAAAAUGGGCCAUAAUGAGUAAUGAAAUAUGAAA